AUGGUUAUUGGGGAGAGAAGAAUAAACAGGGAGAAGGAAGGUAUGAAGAGUACAGACUGCAAUGUGAAUUGCAGUCAACAACCAACAUCUGUGAGAUCACAGUUACAUGACCCUACAAGGAAUCUCCAGCAGAGGUCUCAGCCUGAAAAGGACAUUGACGAGGUUUAUGUCACUGAUGUACCACAGCUUCCAUCGGAGCAUCACUGCCACCAAACCCCUGAGUGUGACAAUGGAACACCUGUGACACAUGACCUGACAGAGCAUCUACAGCUACGUGCUCAGCCGCUAAAGAUAUGUGACAAGUUGUUUGUCAUGCCUACUCCAAGACUUCAUUCAGAACAUGGCUGCAGCAAGAGCUCUGAACGUGACAAAACUAACAGAUUUCGCACAAAGAAAGAAACGCACAAAUGUGCUGAAUGCAAUAAGUCUUUCACAUGUGCCAGUGGCCUGAAAAAGCAUCAAGUCAUUCAUACAGGAUUAAAACCACAUAAAUAUGCUGAAUGCAGUAUGAAGAGUACAGACUGCAAUGCGAAUUGCUUUCAACAGCCAACACUUGUAAGAUCACAGUUACAUGACCCUACAAUUAACCUCCAGCAGAGGUAUAAGCCUGGAAAGGACAUUGACAAGCUUUAUCUCACUGAUCUACCACAGGUUCCAUCAGAGCAUCAGUGCCGCCAAAUCCCUGAAUGUGAUAAUGGAACACCUGCAGCACAUUACGCAACAGAGCAUCUACCGCCGCAUACUCAGCCGGUGAAGGUGUAUGAUGAGCUGUCUCUCACUCCUUCUCCAACACUUCACUCAGGACAUGGCUGUAGCAAGAGCUCUGAACAUGGCACAAUUGAGAGAUUUCAUGCAAAGAAAGAAACACACAAGUGUGCUGAAUGCAAUAAGACUUUCGCACGUGCCAGUGGCCUGAAACAGCAUCAAGUCAUUCACACAGGAUUAAAACCAUAUAAAUGUACUGAAUGCAAUAAGUGUUUCACACAGAUAAGCAAUCUUCGACAGCAUUAUGCCAUUCACACAGGAGUAAAGCGAUAUAAAUGUACUGAAUGCUGUAAGUGUUUCACACGUGCCAGUGGCCUAAAAAAUCAUCAAGCCAUUCACACAGGAUUGAAACCAUAUAAAUGUACUGAAUGCAGUAAGUGUUUCACAUGUGCCAGUGGCCUAAAAAAUCAUCAAGCCAUUCACACAGGAUUGAAACCAUAUAAAUGUACUGAAUGCAGUAAGUGUUUCAGACUUCUUAGCAAUCUUCAACAGCAUCUUGUCAUUCACACAAGAUUGAAACCAUAUAAAUGUACUGAAUGCAAUAAGUGUUUCGCACGGCUAGGCAGUCUUCAACAGCAUUAUGCCAUUCACACAGGAUUGAAGCCAUAUAAAUGUACUGAAUGCAGUAAGUGUUUCAGACAUCUUAGCAAUCUUCGACAGCAUCUUGUCAUUCACACAGGAUUGAAACCAUAUAAAUGUACUGAAUGCAAUAAGUCUUUCACACAGCUAGGCAGUCUUCAACAGCAUUAUGCCAUUCACACAGGAGUGAAGAGAUAUAAAUGUACUGAAUGCUGUAAGUGCUUUAAAUAUCUCAGCGGUCUUCAGGCACAUCGUGCCGCUCACACAGGCGUGAUAGGCCAGUGAGUUUUCAUAUGACAAAACAACAGAUGACACAGGAUGAAAUUGAAGA